CACGGUUUCUAGCCAACAAAGGUAGGUAUCCACCCCUUAUUGUUAAUAGAUAUUUUAUAUUCUUUGAUAAAGAGUCAUUCUAGUACAUUUUCGCUUUGAGAUUUAUCUGAAAAAGAUGUGUAGGCCCAAACUUCAUUUUAUUUGAAUAUUUCUCGUUUUUUUAAAAAUCCAGAUCAUGAGAGCACCGGGAGCUAUUUACAUAAGAUCUGUUUGGUAUUUAGUGCUUUCUUUUCUCCAAGCAAUUUCACAAGCUUUUUGUUUUUCAGGUCAAUAUGGCAUCCGCUGAUCAAGCAUGCUACACCCUGAUCAACAUACCAUCAGAUGUUGAGCCUCCCAAUGAGAUGCAACUGCGUCAAGACUUAGAAAAGGGUGAUAUUAGAACUAAACAAGAAGCUCUGAAAAAGACUAUCCAGUUGAUUCUGAAUGGCGAGAAGAUGCCCUCAUUGUUGAUGACAAUUAUCCGAUUCGUCAUGCCCAUUCAGGACCACACCAUAAAGAAACUAUUGCUGAUCUUCUGGGAAGUUGUCCCUAAAUAUUCAGGAGAUGGCAAACUCCUUCAGGAGAUGAUCUUAGUCUGUGAUGCUUACAGAAAGGAUCUUCAACAUCCAAAUGAGUUCAUAAGAGGCUCUACCCUGAGAUUCCUAUGUAAAUUAAAGGAGCCUGAGUUGAUUGAGCCACUUAUGCCAGCUAUAAGAGCAUGUCUAGAUCACAGACAUUCAUAUGUAAGAAGAAAUGCAGUACUGGCCAUAUACACAAUUUAUAGAAACAAUGACUUCCUAAUUCCUGAUGCUCCAGAGUUGAUUGCUAACUUCCUAGAGGGCGAACAGGAUGCCUCAUGUAAACGUAAUGCAUUCAUGAUGCUUAUACAUGCAGACCAGGAACGUGCAUUAAACUACUUGAGUAGCUGUAUUGACCAAGUGAACUCAUUCGGUGACAUCCUCCAGCUUGUCAUCGUGGAGCUGAUCUAUAAGGUAUGUCACGCCAACCCCCAGGAGCGAGCACGGUUUAUCAGGUGUAUUUACAACCUGCUGAACUCCUCCAGCCCUGCUGUCAGAUAUGAGGCUGCCGGCACCCUGGUCACCCUCUCUAGUGCUCCCACUGCUGUCAAGGCUGCAGCCAGUUGUUACAUAGAGUUGAUUGUGAAAGAGAGUGACAACAAUGUCAAGCUGAUCGUCUUAGACAGACUCAUUGGCCUAAAGGAGGUACCAGCACAUGAGAAGGUUCUUCAGGAUCUGGUGAUGGACAUACUUAGAGUACUAGCUGCUACAGACAUGGAAGUCAGAAAGAAAACCCUCAGUCUCACACUCGAUCUUGUCACCUCUAGGAAUAUAGAAGAGAUGGUGCUUGUCCUGAAAAAAGAAGUUGUGAAGACGAACAAUGCAAUAGAACAUGAAGAUACUGGCAAAUACAGACAGCUGCUUGUGAGAACUCUACAUCAAUGUAGCGUCAAGUUCCCUGAUGUUGCUAACACCAUCAUACCUCUACUGAUAGAGUUCCUGAGUGACCAGAAUGAGCUAGCCUCAGCAGAUGUGUUGGUGUUCGUACGUGAAGCCAUACAGAGGUUUGAUCAACUCCGACCACUCAUCAUCAGUAAACUCCUAGAGGUGUUCCCAUCCAUUAGUAGUGUCAAAAUUUUCCGGGCCACUCUAUGGAUCCUUGGUGAAUACUGUGGCACCCCUGAAGACAUCCAGAGCGUAAUGACCCUGGUUCGCCAGUCCCUUGGGGAGAUACCUAUUGUUGAUGAUGAAAUGAGGAAGGCCUCGGGAGAUGCUGACAAAGAGGAAGAGCUAGCUGCAAUGCAGGCAGGGAAUGUACAGAAACUGGUCACUGAGAUGGGAACUUAUGCCUCACAAAGUGCCUAUAGUCAGGCUAAGCCCAACAAGAAGGAGGAAACUAGACCUACACUGAGACAAUAUUUGAUGGAUGGCGACUUCUUUGUGGCAGCUGCUCUGGCCACUAGUCUCACUAAACUGUCCCUGAAAUUCCAACAGAUUGUCGACAACAAGAAAAAACAGAAUUCAUUCAAUGCAGAGGCAAUGUUGAUCCUAUCCACUGUGCUACAUUUUGGCAAAUCUGGGCUUCCCACUAAGCCAAUCACUGAAGAUGAUGUUGACAGGAUAGCCCUGUGCCUGAAGGUGUUAUCAGAGCAUUCAGAUCUUAUGUUGGACAUCUUCAAUCGUCUCUGUAGACAGUCCCUCUCUACAAUGCUGACUGUUAAGGCAGAGGAGGAUAAAGAAUUUGCAAAGUCAACAGAGAAAAAAGCUGUAAAGGUGCAAGCAGAUGACCCUAUAGGCUUCAUUCAACUGGUCAACAAGAAUGAAUUAGGUGCGACAGAGAACCAGUUUGAAUUGACCCUCUCACAAGCCCUGGGUAUGAAAGCUAACAAAGAUGUAGACUUCACCAGCUCCUCAAAACUUAACAAGGUGACACAACUGACUGGUUUCUCUGAUCCUGUAUAUGCUGAGGCCUAUGUUCAUGUUAACCAGUAUGACAUUGUCUUAGAUGUACUCAUUGUCAACCAGACUGGUGACACUCUACAGAAUCUGACACUAGAACUUGCUACCUUAGGUGAUCUGAAGCUGGUAGAGAAACCUCAACCAGUCACCAUGGGCCCACAUGACUUCUGUAACAUCAAGGCCAAUGUUAAAGUAGCCUCUACUGAGAAUGGCAUCAUAUUUGGCAAUAUAGUUUAUGAUGUUUCCGGUGCAGCCAGUGACCGCAACUGCGUCGUGCUGAAUGACAUCCAUAUAGAUAUCAUGGACUACAUCGUCCCUGCCACAUGCACGGACACAGAGUUCCGACAAAUGUGGGCAGAGUUUGAAUGGGAGAAUAAGGUGUCCGUCAACACAAAUAUCAGUGAGCUGAAUGAGUACAUGCAGCACUUGCUGAAGUCUACCAAUAUGAAGUGUCUUACUCCAGAGAAAGCCCUGAAGGGAGAUUGUGGUUUCAUGGCCGCCAAUAUGUACGCUAGGUCCAUAUUUGGAGAAGAUGCACUUGCCAACCUCAGCAUAGAGAAACCCAUCCACAUAGGACCUGAUGCUCCGGUUACUGGACAUAUAAGAAUCAGAGCCAAAAGUCAGGGCAUGGCUUUGAGUUUGGGAGAUAAGAUCAACCUGUCGCAGAAGAAAGCUGCAAAGACUGGCCAUGGAAACUAAUAUGAUAGAAUUAAAACAGACAUUGGGACUAUUCAGUGUAACAUUGGGACUAAUCACUGCAUCAUUGGGACUAUUCAGUGUAACAUUGGGACUAAUCACUGCAUCAUUGGGACUAUUCAGUGUAUCAUUGAGACUAUUUUGAAGUGUGGUUUGCUGCAGUUGAAAGUUGAUUCAUAAAAAACAUUUUUGUGGGAAGAAUGACUUACAACCAUGACUUCACCAAAAAUGUACUCCAAUAUGACACUGUAUUUUUUUUCAUAAAAUUGAGACUAUAGCUUAUUUU